GCGGGCUUUCGCAGCACUACUUUAGUAAAAUUCCCACUCGGCGAACAGUUUUUGUUUAUUAUAUUUAAUAUUAAUUUCAUCAACCACAUUAACCAGCGCCAAAAUGGGACCCGAGGAGGAACUGCUGUUCCGCAACUUCCAGCGCCUUAAAAGCUAUAUGUUCGACGACGAGAAGGUGUCCACGACCACGUCCCGGGAGCAGCAAAAGACGGAGAGUUCGGUGGAGAAAUGCUUCGAUCGAUUCGAGCAGCUGAUGUUUACCCACCCGCGCCUUACCCAGGUCUUCCGCCUCGAGCACCAGUACUACCUAGAUGCGAUGCUGAGGCGACUGCCCUCCAACUACGAGUGCCUGGACAGCAGUCGACCGUGGUGCGUCUACUGGAUCCUGCAGGCGGCACAGUUGCUCAGCUUUAACUUCGACGACCAGACGCUAGACCAUGUGGUGCAAUUCCUUAGAAACUGCCGAACGCCAACGGGUGGCUUUGGAGGAGGACCUGGUCAAUAUGCCCACCUGGCGCCCACCUAUGCGGCUGUCAACAGCCUGUGCAUCAUCGGCACUGAGCAGGCUUACCGCGCCAUCGACCGCCCAACUUUGGUGCAGUUCCUUUUCAGCGUGCGCGAAUCGGACGGAUCCUUCCGCCUGCAUGUGGAUGGGGAGACGGACGUGCGCGGCGCUUACUGCGCCAUCUCCUGCGCCAAGCUGCUGAAUCUUCCCGAGCCGGUGCUAAAGGAACUGUUUGCGGGCACCGGCGAUUGGAUAGCCCAGUGUCAGACAUACGAGGGAGGAUUUGGCGGCGCCCCUGAUCUGGAGGCCCAUGGUGGGUACACAUUCUGCGGGAUUGCCGGGUUGGCGCUGCUCAACGAGGCGGACAAGUGCGACAGACAGGCUCUGCUCAAGUGGACGCUGCGCCGGCAAAUGACCUAUGAGGGCGGCUUUCAGGGGCGGACCAACAAGCUUGUGGACGGCUGCUACUCCUUCUGGGUGGGCGCCACCAUUCCCAUCACACAGGCCACGCUAUCCGGCGUUGAUAAACAAAUGGAGCACACACUUUUCGAUGUGGAGGCCCUGCAGGAGUACAUUCUGCUGUGCUGCCAGAAGCAGAACGGUGGGCUUAUCGACAAACCCGGCAAACCACAAGAUCUCUACCACACGUGCUAUACGCUAAGUGGAGUUUCCAUCGCCCAACACUCGGAGUGCGCCAACAGCCCCCAGGUCCUGGGCGACACUAUUAAUGAGCUACUGCCCACCCACCCACUGUUCAACGUCCCACCGAAGUCCGUUGCAGCUGCCAGGAGCCACUUCAGCAAUUCCAAUGAUACAGAGUUCUCGGGCAGUGAGAGUCCUGACAAGGACAGUUAAAGCUUCAGGAUAGGAGUACGAGCCUAUAUGGGGAGCUUUUUUUGGAUGGUGGUUUACCUUAAAAAAACUAAAUUUGCUUUAAUAAAAUUAUCUUUGAAUUAUAGUAUUUUUCGCUUCUAAACAUUUAUGUAUGUAUAUUGAAAGAGGAAUUGAUUAAAAUAUACAACCUUUCUGCACUA